AUGACGUCGUCCGCCAGUGGUCGAGGAGAUGACUCCAGCAACUCGCUAAUCAGGAGGCUGAAGAAGCUUCGCAUUGGGUCAUGGUCGCCGUCAUCAACCGGACGGCUUGCUAAGCCGCUGCCUCGACCGCCUUCAAGCCAUGCGGCCGGACAGAGCAGCCAAGCUACACCGCUUCCGUCGUACUUGGCUCACCUAGCAGAGCCGUCUACACUACCAAGGCUACCAUCGUGUCCAGCCUUUCCGCAGCCAUCAGUCGAUGGCUCGUCCAGCUCGACGCCAGUUGUUCAGCUGCAUGCACCCUCGCGGCCCGCAGCGGCCGAGUACAGGCCGGGUCCUUCGCUAUCCACCUCCUCUAAUGGAGACGACCCGCAGCCCUUAACCUCACGACCUCCGCAUUUGAGGCCUCCGAGACCAUACGAUGCUCAUCCGUACUCUUCAAGUGGUAAACUAAACCAUGCGGAGCCAUCGACUACACAGCCCUCAACUCACAGGCCCUCCGCCCAGCAAUCCUCGCACUCCUACUCAUCGGGACUCAAGCACGCGGGCUCUGAUGGCGUCACUCACGUUGAGUCGACCAGACUGCCGCCUAGACCGCCAGCAUUCAUUGUGCUUUCCGAGUCGGCAGACAGCAACCGUCAUGACCUCCCGCACAGCCUGCAGCCUGGUGCUUCUUCGGCAACGCCGUCGUAUCCAUGGGAGCUGGUGCCACAAGAGAAGCGACGACAGCAAGACUCUGUCCUCGUACAGCCUCGUCCUAAGAGCGCUACGUCGAGUGGGAAGGAAAACAUCGCGUCCGAGCAUGUCUCCCCCGGGCCUACCAGAGGCCCUCCACGCAGACGUACAAGUGCCAGCGUCAGCCCGACACCACCCUCGCAUGCGAUUGGACAACGAACCUCUACAUGGGACGUCCAGACUCCGCCGCGCAGGGGACCAAGCGCAAGCGUGGAUAAGACACAAGCAACGGGAUCGAUGACUCCAAGCGGGUCACAAACAGACGUGAACUUUGCGCCAUCGAAGGGCCAAUGCUGGGGCAUCAAGCAGAACAACACUCGCUGCACGAGGAAGGUCAGAGCAGUGGCCGGCGCGCAAGACCAACACCGAAGUCCUUCUCGCUCAGCACGGGCAGCGUCGGCACCGCCUGCGCUCUUGCAUGGAGCCAGCGCAGCUGAUCCUGUGGUCAUUGAAGACUCCGAGGAGGGCGAAGUAGACGUAGAGGAAGUCUACUGCCACCAACACAUCACAGGCGUCAACAAGCUUCCUGGCUUCUACCACUCGUAUCCUUCAGGUACUAGCCUCGACCAAAGAUCCUCCGUGUUCGUCAAAUACAGCGACUGGCUGGGCACAACCCACUUGACAGACCAUGCUGAAGGACUGCUUCGACGUCGCAUGUCGCAGCAGCUCACCGACACGGAUCGAAGAGAACGAGGCCACAUCUACGUCUACGAGCUCCUCGCCCUCUCCAACGAAACCCACAUCUGUCUGAAAGUCGGGCGAUCCAUCAAGGUGUUCCGCCGACUCAGCGAAUGGACGGCGCAGUGCAAGUCGAAGCAGCCUCUUUUGAGGGCCCUGUUCCCUUCCGAGGAAGGACAGGGUCUGAUCCCAGGCAUGGACGCGCCGACCAUGGAGGGUGUCUAUCUCAGUCACCAGUGGGAAGCACUGAUCCACCUCGAGCUGGACGCAUUGGGCAAACGCGUCAAGGACACGUGCGUUGAUUGUCGUCGACAACACCGCGAGAUCUUCAUGAUACCUAGACGGCUGGAGUCUCCAAGCGGAUCGCAACGGGAGCAGCUCGAUGGCUACGAUUCGGCCAUCCAGGUGAUUCUCAAGUGGAUGCGGUUCGUCGAGAUGCUGGCUUCACCUACUUCCAGCUCGACAAAGCCAGGGCCAAUACGGCCAUGA